CAGUCCCUGCUUCAAUUCUUCGAUCACCAUCACUGAGACCACAUCCCACAACACUCCAAACUUCACUUCUUUGAUCACCACCACCGAGACCACAUCCGGCAGUACUCCCAGUUUCACUUCUUUGAUCACCACCACUGAGACCCCCUCACAUAGUACUCCCAGAUUCACUUCUUUGAUCACUACCACUGAUACCACUUUACCCAGUACUCCCUGCUUCACUUCUUCAAUCACCACCAUCGAGACCAGCUCCCACAGUACACCCAGCUACACUUCUUCGAUCACCAUCACUGAGACCACAUCCCACAACACUCCAAACUUCGCUUCUUUGAUCACCACCAUCGAGACCACAUCCGGCAGUACUCCCAGUUUCACUUCUUCAAUCACCACCACUGAGACCCCCUCACAUAGUACUCCCAGCUUCACUUCUUCGAUCACCACCACCGAGACCAUAUCCCACAUCACUCCAAGCUUCUCUUCUAAGAUCACCACGACUGAGACCACCUCCCAGAGCACUCCCAGCUUCACUUCUUCGAUCACCACCACCGAAACCAUCUCACAGAGUACUCCCAGCUUCACUUCUUUUUUCACCACCACCGAGACCACAUCCCACAGUACUCCCACCUUCACUUCUUUGAUCACCACCAACGAGACCUCCUCACACAGUACUCCCAGCUUCACUUCUUCAAUCGCCACGACCGAGACCACCUCCCACAGUACUCCCAGCUUUACUUCUUCAAUCACCACCACAGAGACCACUUCACACAGUACUCCCAGCUUCACUUCUUCAAUCACCACCACCGACACCACCCUACCCAGUACUGCCAGCUUCACUUCUUCAAUCACCACCACCGAGACCACAUCACACAGCACUCCCAGGUACACGUCCUUGAUCACCAAAACCGAGACCACCUCACAUAGUACUCCCAGCUUCACUUCUUCAAUCACCACUACAGAGACCUCCUCACACAGUACUCCGAGCUUCACUUCUUUGAUCACCAUCACCGAGACCACAUUAAACAGUACUCCCAGCUUCACUUCAUCAAUCACCACCACCGAGACCACCUCACACGGUACACCCAGCUACACUUCUUCAAUCACCACGACCGAGACCACCUCCCACAGUACUCCCAGCUUUACUUCUUCGAUCAUCACCACAGAGACCACUUCGCACAGUAGUACUUCCAGCAUCACUUCUUCAAUCACCACCACCGAGACCACCUCAAACAGCACUGCCAGCUACACUUCUUUUAUCACCACAACCGAUACCACCUCACACAGUAUUCCCAGCUUCACUUCUUCAAUCACCACCACUGAGACCCCCUCACACAGUACUUCCAGCUUCAUUUCUUUGAUCACAACAACAGAGACCACCCCACCCAGUACUCUCAGCAUCACCUCUAUGAUCACCACCACCGAGACUACAUCCCACAGCACUCCCAACUUCACUUCAUUGAUCACUACCAAUGAGACCACCUCCCACAGCACUCCCAGCUUCACCUCUUCUCUCAUCACCACAGAGACCACUUCUCACAGUACUCCCAGCUUCACUUCGUCGAUCACCACCACUGAGACCACCCCACCCAGUACUCCCAGCAUCACCUCUACGAUCACGACCACCGAGACCACAUCCCACAGCACUCCAAGCAUCACUUCUUCAAUCGCCACGACUGAGACCACCUCCCGCAGUACUCCCAGCUUUACUUCUUCAAUCACCACCACAGAGACCACCUCACACAGUACUCCCAACUUCACUUCUUCAAUCACCACCAUGGAGACCCCCACACACAGUACUUCCAGCUUCACUUCUUCGAUAACCACCUCUGAGACCCCACCACACAGUAUUCUCAGCUUCACUUCUUCAAUCACCAUCAACGAGACCACCUCACACAGUACUCCCAGCUAUACUACCUCAAUCACCACUAUACUCCCAGGUACACUACCUCAAUCAUCACCACUGAGACCCCCUCACAGAGUACUCCCAGCUUCACCACCUCAACUACUUCCACCGAAAUCACCUCACACAUACUCCCAGCUUCACUUCUUCAAUCACCACUACCGAGACCACUUCACAGAGUACUCCCAGCGUCACUUCUUCGAUCACCGCUACCGAGACCACUUCACACAGUACUCCCAGUUUCACUUCAUCAAUCACCACCACCGAGACCACCUCAAACAGCACUGCCAGCUAUACUUCUUUUAUCACCACAACCGAGACCACCUCACACAGUAUUCCCAGCUUCACUUCUUCGAUCACCACCACCGAGACCCCCUCACACAUACUCCCAGCUUCAUCUCUUUGAUCACCACCAGGGAGAACACAUCCCACAGUACUAGUACUCCCAGUUUCACUUCUUCGAUCACCACCACUGAGAUCCCCUUACACAGUACUCCCAGCUACAUUACCUCAAUCACCACCACUGAGACUCCCUCACAGAGUACUCCCAGCUUCACUACCUCAAUUACCACCACUGAGACCACCUCACACAGUACUCCCAGCUUCACUUCUUCAAUCAGCACCAGUGAGACCCCCUCACACAGUACUCCCAGCUUCACUUCUUCAAUCACCACCACCGAGACCACCUCAUCCAGUACUCUCACUUUCACUUCUUCAAUCACCACCACCGAGAAUAUCUCACCCAGUGCUCCAAGUUUCCCUUCCUCAAUCACCACCACUGAGACCACC